CAGACGAUGGUGCUGGCGAGCGGCGGGCAGGACGGGGCCAUCUGCCUGUGGGACGUGCUGACGGGCAGCAGGGUCAGCCACACCUACGCCCACCGCGGGGACGUCACCUCCCUGACCUGCACCUCCUCCUGCGUCAUCAGCAGCGGCCUGGACGACCUCAUCAGCAUCUGGGACCGCGCCUCGGGCAUCAAGCUCUACUCCAUCCAGCAGGAGCUGGGCUGUGGGGCCAGCCUGGGCGUCAUCUCGGACAACGUGCUGGUGACGGGGGGGCAGGGCUGUGUGUCCUUCUGGGACAUCGGCUACGGGGACCUGCUGCAGACUGUCUACCUGGGCAAGAGCAACGAGGCGCAGCCCGCGCGG